ACUAAACGAGCAAGUGGCUUGUGUGCUUCUUCCUUUUCCUUUCCGUUUACGGCACUGGCAUUGACACGACGCACGACACGGCUCGGUAUCUGCCAGGAUGAAGUUGAACGUAUCGUAUCCCGCGACGGGAUGCCAACGGCUUUUCGAAAUCUCGGACGAGCACAAGCUGAGAGUCUUUUACGAGAAACGUAUGGGCGCCGAAGUGGAAGCUGAUGCUCUCGGCAACGAAUGGAAAGGCUAUGUCGUUCGCAUUUCUGGUGGCAAUGAUAAACAAGGAUUUCCCAUGAAACAGGGUGUACUGACCAACGGACGUGUACGUUUACUGCUUUCCAAGGGACAUUCGUGCUAUAGGCCGAGACGCGACGGCGAACGGAAACGUAAAUCAGUUCGUGGAUGCAUCGUCGACGCUAAUCUUUCGGUCCUUGCCCUGGUCAUCGUUAAGAAGGGAGAACAGCAUAUUCCAGGCUUAACUGAUACAGAAGUUCCGCGCCGGCUGGGCCCUAAAAGAGCGAGCAAAAUUCGCAAGCUCUUUAAUUUGACCAAGCAAGACGACGUGCGUCGUUUCGUAGUCAAGCGUCCCGUGCAAAAGGAGGGAAAACCCAUACGUCACAAGGCACCGAAAAUUCAACGCCUCAUCACCCCCCUUACUCUGCAGAGGAAACGCCACAGAAUGGCCUUGAAGCGAAGACACACGAUGGCUCGCAAACAACAAGCAGCAGAAUAUGCCAAGUUGUUAGCGCAAAGACAGAAGGAAGCAAAGAACAAGCGCCAGGAAGAAUUGAAACGGAGGCGCAGCGCCUCUAUGCGAGAUUCAAAAUCGUCCAGUCAAUCAGCGCCUACCGCUCAGAAAUAAAUUGAUGGCAAUCGUUUUAUUUACAGCUCAAUAAAAAGAUUUGUAUUUAUA